GGGCACUGGGCUGGGCACAGGCAGGGAGGGCCAAAGUCCAUCCAGAAAAUGACUUGAGGCCAUUCUAGAGCAGAGUGGCCAGAAGGAGACUUCUAGGGAAGAGCUGAAGGCUCUGGAGGGUGAGCAAUGCCCACAGGAGGUCCCCUCCAUCCUAGAACCAGCACAGCAUGGCACAGCCCUUUGACUUGGACAUGGCUCAGGUGUUCCUUACUGCUGGCUCUGAGCUGGCUCCUGUGGUUUGAAUCUGUCCUAGAUGUGGAGGCUGAGCCCUGGACAGGCACCCACACAACUGCCACUGCUCUGUCCUCUGCUGAUAAGGCAGCCAGAGGGAUGAAGUCUCAUCCUCCUGCCAAGGCCAAAGGACAGCCAAGGCAUUCUAGAGCUCCAGCAGGCAGCAGCAAGCCAGAAAGACAACUUCUGAGCUGUGAUGAACUGGGAGGGACUGGGGACCUGCCAAGGGAGAGCAUCCAGAAGGGGAAGGUAACUGCCUGUGGCAGGAGGACAGCAGCACCUGGGGAGCAUGAAGUGGUUCAGGGGAGAGGGCAGCAGGAGAUCUGCUUCCCAGUGGAACCACAGAAUCAGUGAGAGUUGGAAGGGACCACAGGGACCAUCCAGUUCCAACCCCCUGCCAUGGAAGGGACACCUCACACCAGAUCAGGCUGUCCAGAGCCUCAUCCAGCCUGGCCUUAAACACCUUCAGGAAUGAGGCUUCCACCACCUCCCUGGCAACCCCUUCCAGGCUCUCACCACCCUCAUGCUGAAGAACUUCUUCCUCACCUCCACUCUGACUCUCCUCCAGUCUGACUCUCCCCAUUUCCAGCUUGGUUCCAUCGCCCCCAGUCCUGUCACCCCUUGACAGCCUAAACAGUCCCUCCCCAGCUUUCCUGUAGCCCCCUGCAGACACUGCAAGGUCACAAUGAGGUCUCCUGGGAGCCUUCUCUCCAGACUCCACAGCCCCAACUGCCUCAGCCUCUGCUCACAGCAGAGCAGUUCCAGCCCUCUGCUGCUCCUCGUGGCCCUUCCUUGGACCCCUUCCAGCACCUUUGUAGCCCUCUUGUAGCAGUAGUCCUUGGGCCACGUGGGACCUUGCAGGUGAGGUGCUGCAGCUGCCAGCGAACUCCUUUGGCUUCUGAACUCCUCCUGCCAAUGUGCUGCCCACUGGCACUGGGGAGAGCUCUCUGUGGGAACUGAGCUGCUGGAGGGGAGGCUCUGCCCAGGAUGCCACUGCAGGGCACCAGCUCCUGUGUGCACACUGGGGAGAAUCCAGGGCCCCACACCCGCUAGUGGGACCCUGCCCAUUGCUUACAGGGCACUGCCAGUCCAGCAGCAGGGAAGGAACAAAGCAGGAUGGCAAGGCCUGGGAAUGUCUCUGUCCAUGAGCACUGCCUGCCCUCCACGGUGCCAGCUGGCCUGGGAGGUCUGGUGGACCAGUACCGCAGGAAGGCUGCCAGGAGCUACCUGAGGAGCUCUGAGCUGUGCCGGGAGCGCAGCGUCUGCAUCACCAACCCAGCGCUGCAGAGGGGCCUGCUGCAUCCAGGGGACAGGAUCAGAAAGGAGGGAGCAGAGCUAAGGAUCAGGCAGCCUGGAGGGUACUACAGCACGGGACGUGGGUAUGCUCUGGCACUGGGGAGCAGCUCCAGGUCCAGCAGUGCCUCUGGAAGCCAGCACAAGAAGGGAGGGAAAAGGAGUCUCCAGUGGGAUAAGAUGUCAAAUGACAACAGGUUCUGGCCAGGUCACCUCCUGGACAAGCUCUGCCUUUACUUCCCUGAGCAACCACACGACAGGGCACAUGCUCUGUUCAGCCUGGUACUGCCAACCAAGCACAUCUACCCUGGCCGCUGAAACCCCCUCAGUGAGCCAGGACACAGCCUCUGGAGACACUGCCUGCAGGAAGAGCUCUUCCAUCCAGCACAGCUGAACAGCUCUGUGACCUCUCAUGGUGUCACAGACUGCUAGGGGUUGGAACUGUCUUCUGGAGGUCCAGUCCAAUCCCCCUGCCAGGGUGGGACAAUCCAGGGCAGGCCACACAAGGACAUGUCCAGGUGGGGUUGGAAGCUCUCCAGUCAAGGAGGCUCCACAGCCUCUGUGGGCAGCUGCUCCAGGCCUCACUCCAAAGGUUUCUCCUCAUGUUGAGGUUGGAUUUCUGGUGCUGCAGUCAGCUUGGGGCACCUGGGCCCUGCUGCUGGGUAGGUGAACAUCCAAGUGAGGAUUUCCUGCUGACUGGGGAGGGGCUGGAGUGAGCCUCAAACACCCCUCAUGCUUGUUGGGGUUUAGCAGUGCAGAUAUCGACUGUUGCUCCACCUCCACCAUCUCCCUGAAACCCAGAGGGCUGCGCAGCUGGGCACAGGACAAGCUGAGGGCUUUGACCUCCUCUGAGCCAAGAGAGGCCCUAGGGAAGGGCCUGCAUGGCUGGGGGAGGCUUUGGGCUGGCUCUGUGGGUGCCACCCCCCAGCACCUGGCCCCUGCAGCUCUGUUAAUAAAUCGAUUGUUCUGCGCA